AUGUCGGACGUUGGCGUUCCUACGCGCCUCACGACGGACGGUGGGCCGCAAUUCAGAUCUUCAGCGUUCGCUUCGUUCUGCUCAGAGUGGAACAUUUGCCACGACCCCAGCAGCCCGUACAAUCCUCAGUCAAAUGGCGCGGCUGAGGCGGCGGUCAAGGCCAUGAAGCACUUAUUAAUGAAAAUUGGCAAAGGUGACGCCUAUAACAGCAGUGCCUUCAGAGAAGGGUUGCUGGAGUGGCGUAACACGCUUGGUGCAGGAGGAGCAAGCCCGGCCCAGCUGCUGUUUGGAAGGCCAACGAGGACCAAGGUUCCCACACUUCCUGCAAAUCUGCAGCAGUACGCUGCCCACAGCCGCAGUGCUCCCCAGCAGGUCUCAUCCCAGCUUGGCAAACCUCUGCCCCCUCUGCACGUAGGCGAUAAGCGGUUGCAGCGGGUGCAGUGGAAGCUGCAGCGUUCGCAGGACAUAUUGUUCGUAACCGGUGACUCAAGUGUGUGGGAAGAUGCCUCUGCUGGUGAUGUUGCUGGCGGGCACUUGUGUCGGCCCAGCCGGCAUCAGGCCGGACUGGAAGUAGACUAG